CGGGCGGGCGGGCAGGCAGGCUAGCAGCUCCGGGCUGCGAGCUGGGUGUAGCUUCACCUCCCCUCCUUCCCCAGCCCAAUCCUCCUGCAUCCUCCAGCCCUCGGACGCCUGGGUCCCUGGCAGCGCCCGGAGCAGGAGCUGGGCACCGGCCCCUUCCCGGCGGGGGAAACUAAACCAUGGAGCUUCGUGUGGGGAACAAAUACAGGUUGGGCAGAAAAAUUGGCAGCGGCUCCUUUGGGGACAUCUACUUAGGUGCCAACAUUGCUUCCGGGGAGGAGGUGGCCAUUAAGCUGGAAUGUGUGAAAACGAAGCACCCCCAGCUGCACAUCGAGAGCAAGUUCUACAAGAUGAUGCAGGGAGGAGUGGGGAUCCCCUCCAUCAAGUGGUGUGGCGCAGAGGGGGACUACAACGUCAUGGUGAUGGAGCUGCUGGGCCCUAGCCUGGAAGACCUUUUCAAUUUCUGCUCCCGCAAGUUCAGCCUCAAGACUGUCCUUCUCCUGGCUGACCAGAUGAUCAGCCGCAUUGAGUACAUCCACUCUAAGAACUUCAUCCACCGGGACGUGAAACCUGACAACUUCCUCAUGGGUCUGGGCAAGAAGGGAAACCUGGUGUACAUCAUUGAUUUUGGCCUGGCCAAGAAAUACCGGGAUGCUCGCACCCACCAGCAUAUCCCUUACCGGGAAAACAAAAAUCUGACUGGCACUGCCCGCUACGCUUCCAUUAACACCCACUUGGGCAUUGAGCAAAGUCGCCGUGAUGACCUGGAGAGUUUGGGUUACGUGCUCAUGUAUUUCAAUUUGGGCUCCCUGCCCUGGCAAGGCCUCAAAGCAGCCACCAAGAGGCAGAAGUAUGAACGUAUUAGUGAGAAGAAAAUGUCCACACCCAUUGAGGUCCUUUGCAAAGGAUACCCUUCGGAAUUCUCCACGUACCUCAACUUCUGCCGCUCUCUCCGGUUUGACGACAAGCCCGAUUACUCGUACCUGAGGCAGCUCUUCCGGAACCUCUUCCACCGCCAAGGCUUCUCCUACGAUUAUGUCUUUGACUGGAACAUGCUCAAAUUCGGAGCUACCCCGGGACAGUCUCAUUCUUUGGAGAAAGAUGUCAGCCCAUACCCAGGUCCCUCCGGCCGGCCCAUGUACUGGUGCCCAACGCCCCUGGGCACCCCGUGCCGGGCGGACGAGCAGGUGGAGGAGGUUGAGCAGAUGGAGGAACUGGGCCACCUUAGCCACUGGCCCGUGGUCUGGACCCCAAGGCCCCAGUUCUGACCUCAGGGAGGCACCGUGAGUGCAGAGCUGAGAAUGUCUCCUAAACCAGGACCUGUGGAUAAGGCCCAGGCUGGGGCCAAAAUGUGACGGAGACAGCAAGCCAGGAACGCCCCGGGCCGGCCCCGCCCCAGUAGUGGCAGUGCAGAAGGGGUGUGGGCCAGUUGUCUUGGAGAGUCUCUAGGAGGGCGUCCCGAGCUGGUACUCUGACCCGCCCGGACAGCCGGGCUGACCCCGAGUCUCCGCGUACCAAGGGGGAUGCCAGAUGGGACUAGACAGCCAUCUUAAUGGCCUACUGGUGAUCUCUGUACCGAAUCUGAGCUCAUUAAAAAGGCCUCUUCCUUACUCUUCUGGCCGUGACUGUCUCUUAAUGUCGUCAAUGCCAAGGGUCCUGGGCAGGUCUCCUGUCCCCUCCUAGCUGGUGACCUCUCGACCCAUCCCUUCCGGGAGGUCCACUUCUCAAGCUCCUCUUUUCUUCUCAAUUUAUUCCAACAAACAUUUAGCCAGCACCUGCUGUAUGCAGACUGCCCUGAUGGACACUCAGAAAUCUGUGGUUCGUUCUGACUAUUUUUCACUUUGCCCUCCAGGCCUGGGGAGCAGCCUGGCAUUCCUCUUACCAGUCGGCUAUUUUUUUCCAACAGAGGGACAACUGAAGUCAUUCUGGGUAGGAAAUGAACACCAUGUGGUGAGCUAGGGAAGAAGAUGAAGUCAGGACUUGGGGGUAUCGCCGUGGGGUCUCUAAAAUGUACAUAAAACUUUCCAGGUCUUCUCAUAGUGGUCGUCUCAUUGGCUCCUCCAGGCCAGAAACUAGAGGUUCUUGAGAGGGUAUUGAUUGCCCAUCUCUUCCACCGAGGGGACGUGGUCCUAGAAAGCACCUGGAGUUCUCCUGAAAAGUUGUGUGUGUGUGUGUGUGUGUGUGUGUGGUGUGUGUGCACGCGCCAUGUUCCCUUCCUUGUCAUUUACACAUUGGUCAUUCCCAAGACAUCGCUACCUUUCAGAGACCAUGAGAAAUUCCAGCCAGGACAUCGUACCAAACCAGCCCUGGCCAUUCAAGGAGGGUGUGAACAGCUGUGACUCUGCUUAGCCCGGCAAGAGCCGUGACUUCUGGGACAGAUGCUUAGAAAUCACAGAAUUUAAGAACAGCCAUUUAGUCCAAUGCGUAUCCCAAAGGAAGCAUAUGACAAAGGAAGGUCAUACAAUGUUAAUAUGGCCCUAACAUAUUUGAUGGAUCGAAGACUUCCAAGAAGGGGGAGCCCAUCUACCACCUCUUGAGGCUAUACUUUUAAAGAAAGAGGGAAGGGGAUCCCCAAUAAGCCUACUUUGAAGAAGGCUGAAGAGACUUAGAAGGGACUCCACCCUGGGGCUCAUUUCUCAUUAUGUCAUUGGGAUAUCAAAUGACGUCAGGCCUUCAGUUUGGUGGGAAGGUGGAUGGAACCUUUUACACUCACUGUUCCAUGGCCACUUUCCUGUUGCGGUUUCAUGGCUGGGCCAUCUACAAGUGUCUGCUUUAUUUUGGAUUUGGCUGCCAUGAUUGAACUGAUUCCUGAUCCUCCACUGCUGUCGACACAGUGAUUUGGAAGACUCCCCAUGUGGGAAAGAACAUCUUUAGAAAACAAAUUGAUAGUAAGUCAAGUGCGAGACCCAGGGACCGAUGGAACCCUUCUGCAACAUCCCUGAUGGAUGGUUGUCCAGCUUUUGCCUGAAGACCUGCUGUAAUGAAGAGCUCACUAUCAGAGAAGCCCAUUCUACUUUGGGGCUGUUCUAAAUGUUAGGAUGUUUUUCAUUGAGCUGAAGGCCAAGUGGGUGGAGUCUCCAACCAUUCUAGGUCUGUUUUCUUGGGCAAAACAGAGCAAAGUUAAUCCCUUUUUCAUGUAUCAUGAAAAGAUUCUGAGGUCUCCCCUAUCAAAGUCUCGCUUUUCCAAACUGAGCAUCCCCAGUUCCUCUGUAUCCAUCUGUACUCAUCCACAAGGGAUGAUGGAAAGUAGAAAUGUUUGAUUAUGGCAUGAUCUCUGUUUCUCCCAUCAUUCUCUUUGCCCUUCUUUGUACAUGGUCCAGCUUCUUAAUAUCCUUCCUAAAAUGGAGCUCCCGAUAAGUUAUAUCAGGCAGAGUAUCCAGCAGGACACUCACCUUCCUGGUCCUGAGUGCUACACAACCUUAGCUUGCAUCUUCACCCGCUAAUCCCUCUUGAUGUGCCAGAAGGAAAGGGGUCAAGAUCUUGUAAGCAGCUGUCUCCAUAGUACACAGAGAGCUGGAUCUGGAGUCAGGAAGGACAGGAUCACCUAAUCUUCUGCCUCAGUUUCUUCAUCUGUAAAAUGGGGAUAAUAAUGGCACCUCCCUCACAGGGUUGUUGUGAGAAUCAAAUAUUCGUAAAGCGCUUUGCCGACCUUCUAUAAAAGCUACUUGUUAUCAUCAUUGUUAUUAUCAUAAUUACUAUGUCACUAUUUUGGCCCACCAUUUUGAAAAGAGCAGAAGGUUAGAGAUAGAUAUAAUCACGCCAUCACGUGGAACCUUCAGGAUCUUUCUCCAUGACUCUGUCUCUUAAACUUCAGGUUUCCAUUUCUUGACUCCUCUUCCCUUUCCUUUCUUCUUCCUUCUUUCCCUCCCUCUUUUUCUGUCCUGAGGCUGGAAAAAGAAGCCAGGCUUAGUUCCAACCUCAGUCUGGACUGGAGAAUAGACCGUUGGACUCAAGUUCUGAAGUGGCCAGACGCCAACCACUCGAGAGUUUGGAAACCCCAGGAAUCUUUUGACUUCUUGAGCUGGUGCUGUGCAAACUGUGUCUAGCGUGAUUUCACCCAGGGAUAAGAUCAGACAUUUCCUGAGGAGGGAUAAGGGAGACUAAUGCUUGGUCCGAGGGAGGUCCCUUUCCCACCCCAUGCAUCUCACCUCAUUUCGGGAUCUCCUUCCCCAUUGGCUGUGUGGUUAUCAGGAAAAAAUCAGAUUUGCAAUCCAAGGAUUUAGAUUAAAUCCUGUUUAUACCAUUUCUUAACUGGGUCACCUAGAACAAGGCUCCUCUCCUCUCCCAUUCUCUUCCCUGCCAAAUAUGGGGGUUGUAUUUUAGUCUAGCCUGUGCUCCGCCCUGGUCCGGGACACCCCCACCUCAUGCCUUUCCUAAAUUGUUGACUCUAGAUGGGAUUUUUGAGAAGUGAAAACUGAGGGGGGGCAGGUUGAUGAGUAUUGUCUGAAUCUUGCUCCUGUUGGGGGAGAUUAAAUUUUUUUUUUUGGGGGGGCUGAGGCAAUUGGGGUUAAGUGACUUGCCUAGGGACACACAGCCAGGAAGUGUUAAGCAUCUGAGGGUAGAUGACUUCAGGGCUGGUGCUCUCUCCACUGCACCACCUAGCUGCCCCUGGGGGAGAAUUUUUUAAAUUGCUUCUCCAUUUAUCUUGGACUAACCCUUUCUGGUUACUUCUUAUCGCUCCUGCAUUAGCAGCUGUCAAAUCAGUAAUCCCCUGAGUCACUGCUAAUAGGACUUUAUCUGCUUAUUUGAGCCCUUUCAGAAGCUAGGAAGAGGCGUGAAAAGGGUAUUUUAUCGAUAAGAGGGUGGAAGAAGAAAGGAAGUUUAGAGAAUGACAAAAGAGAGACAGGAUGUUCCUUGACAUUUCUUGUCUGGUUGUCCCGUUUAGGGAUCAGGGAUCCUCGGUGAUCCUCUGCAAGGAUCCAAAGUUCUUUCAUUCCUUUCCCCAGUAAAUCAAGACCUGAUGGUACCAAUCAAUAAGCAUUUAUUAAGCACCUACUAUGUGUAGAUGUUAUGCUAAGCAUCGGGAAUUAAAAAGAAAAAGCGGUUUCUGUCCUCAAAGACUUUACUUUCUCUCUGGAGAAUACAGAACAAUACAGAAUUAAUACAAGAUCAUUAGAGAGAGAGAGCAGGGGUAGCUAGGUGGCAUAGUGGAUAGAGCACCAGCCCUGAAAUCAGGAGAACCUGAGUUCAAAUCUGUCCUGGGACACUUAACACUUCAUAUCUGUGUGACCCUGGGCAAGUCACUUAAUCCCAAUUGCCUCAGCCAAAAAAAAAAAAAAAAAAAAAAGAA